AUGGUUCCUGGGCUACCAAGGAAGCCCAAGAAGAGCUUCAGGCGUUUCGGCAAAAUGCGCGAGAGGCUGUUGAUGAAGCUUGUGAGACUCCUCAGGAAACUGACGGGUGUCGACCGACGCGCCAUUUUUACAGAGCGACUCUCUCAAAGUCAGAGGUUGGAGCUGGAAGCCUUCAUGUCGAGUCUUCCCAAAGAGCAGCCGGUCCCCGAGAAGAGGGGCGACCUAAGCUCAGAGGAAGACGAGGCACUGGCUAUUGAGGACCUUGAGGACGCUGAGGAUGUAGAUUUCAAAGAUGUGAAGUCCAGAGGUCGGAGCCCUCGAGCCUCUGGGCAAGGCAUUACAGCCAAGGCUCAGAACUAUGAUGCCUACGUGUCUGUUGAGUGGAUACACGUGAAGUGCAGAGGCUUGAAGACAUUGGAAGAGGCCAUUGACACGCACAUCCUUCUCACAGAGGUCGCGGAGCGUGUCCGCAAUGACCAAACCUCUAGCAUGAAGGACAGACUGCUCCAGGCCAUUGACGUGACCUCCAAGGAACAUGGGAUUCAUGUCGACAAGGCAAAGAUUGCGUUGAGGAUUCAGGUGCCCUCUUCACAUUGGACUGGCAGGGGGUUAAUGACCCCAGUCUUUCCAAUAAGCGAAAUUGAUGCGUUCGCCCAAUUCUGGCUCAAGUUGAGAGAAGCACGCGGGCAUUCCUCAGGCAAGGUCAAGAUCGGGGGCAAAGGCAUGGCAUUCCGAAUGACACCUGCUGAGAUGGAUGAGAUGUGGUCACGUGUGCGAGAGGUUUAUUUGGAUCUUCGUGCCCAGCGAGGGCAGAACCGAGAGGAAGUUGCGCGCCGCUUGGAUGCCGUGGUGGCGCAGCGUGCGCCUUUCAGAAAGAGAAUUUGGCGAGCUUGGAAUCAAGCAAUGAUGCAGAGAGCCGAACGGCAGCAAAGAGCCUACGAGUCGCGCCAGAAGAGAAAACUGGAGCAACUGGAACGCCGUCGCAUGGCGCGUGAGGAUCGUUGGGCAAGAUCUUCGUGGCGUGAACUUGAAAAGGUUCGAGGGCGCGUAGAGGCGCUGCUCUUGCAAUGGAGCAGAAGCCACAAGGGAGCAAAGUGGGUGGCGAAAGCUGCCACUGGCCGACGUGUGCAAACGCGGACACGCUUGACAGGCAAAAACAAUAAGGCUUACCGGCACGAUGCAGAAGAAUAUAUAUUUCAGAUUAUUCAAGUAUAA